GUUGUCUUUGUGUAAAGGAGUGGAGCUCGAUCUCACAUCACUCUUCCCUCUUCCCCGAGUCCUUUCUAAACUCUCCCCCGGGUUUCUACCCUCCCGAACCUCUCCCCUUCUACCCUUACAACCCCAACCCUCCCCCCGAUCACUUACCAGCACACGAAUCAGAUCCAUCUCGGUGACCAAAGACCCCAGUUCUUUACGAACAGCUAGGUUGCAGUUAUGGACUCCGGUGUGAUUGAAGGCGGGCUCAAUGUCACCCUUACCAUCAGGCUGCUCAUGCAUGGCAAGGAAGUCGGAAGUAUUAUCGGAAAGAAAGGUGAAUCUGUUAAGAAGAUGAGAGAAGAGAGCGGGGCUCGCAUUAACAUCUCUGAGGGCAAUUGUCCUGAGAGGAUCAUUACUUUGGCAGGUCCAACCACCGCCAUCUUUAAAGCAUUCUCCAUGAUCAUUGAAAAGCUGGAAGAGGACAUAAGCAGCUCAAUGACAAACAGCACAGCUACCAGCAAGCCCCCAGUGACCCUACGCAUUGUGGUGCCUGCCAGCCAGUGUGGCUCCCUCAUCGGGAAGGGUGGCUGCAAGAUCAAGGAAAUUCGAGAGUCAACUGGUGCUCAGGUACAAGUGGCAGGAGACAUGCUCCCCAACUCCACAGAGCGAGCCAUCACCAUCGCCGGUACUCCCCAGUCGAUAAUUGAGUGUGUGAAGCAGAUCUGUGUGGUCAUGCUUGAGUCUCCCCCUAAGGGGGUCACUAUCCCCUACCGGCCGAAGCCUUCAGGAUCCCCUGUCAUCUUUGCAGGCGGACAGGCGUAUGCCGUACAAGGACAGCACGCGAUUCCACAGCCAGAUUCUUCCUCUGCUGCUAUCUCUCCACAGCUCACCAAGCUUCACCAGCUGGCUAUGCAGCAGAGCCCCUUCCCCAUCGCACCAAGCAACCAGGGCUUCACUGGGAUAGAUGCUUCUGCUCAAACCAGUUCCCACGAGAUGACCAUUCCAAAUGAUCUUAUUGGGUGUAUCAUCGGCCGCCAGGGGGCCAAGAUCAACGAGAUCAGGCAAAUGUCAGGUGCCCAGAUCAAGAUUGCUAAUCCAGUGGAUGGAUCGACUGACCGCCAGGUCACCAUCACAGGCUCACCUGCCAGCAUCAGUCUGGCAGAGUACCUCAUCAACGCCAGGCUUUCCUCUGAGGCCACAGGACUGGCAGCCAACUGAUAAGACACUGCAUCUGCACUAGAUCUCACUUUUAUAUCAUCGGCUACCAUAAAAGCAGUCAAUGCAACUAUCCAACUUAAGAGUUUAUAUAUUAUACUGCCUCUUCCUCAUUUGAAAUCAUGUCAUACGCCUCUAAUUUGAUCUGCCGAGUUCAUUAUUUAUUUUCUUAUUUUGUUUUGGUUUUAGUCAAAAGAAGCAAACAAUUAGGUUUUAAUUCCCUUUUUGAGUCAAGUUGGAGGUUUUAAUGAUUUAUUAGACUUUUUUUUAUUUGUUUUUGGGGUUUUUUUGCCUCUUCCCUUUUCCUUUAUUUGCCAUCACAGAGGAGUUGAGUUGGAAAACUCUAAAUAGACAUAUAGAUUUAGUUCUGUACAGUCUGUUUUUUUCUUUAAAAAGAAAAAGACAAAAAAGGAAAAAUUAAAAAAAAGUAUCAAAAAUAAGAAUAGAGUGACAGUUUUAUUGUGUUUAUAUACACGCCCCCUUUUCCUAAGCCAGUUCCACAAGUCAGUCAGUUUCCUGUCCAUAGUCACUUGCUUUAAAUAUACACAGUAUUCUCCCCCUUUGUCACCUUUUCAAUUGAAGUGCUUGUAACAUGAAUUAUACUCGUAUCACUGAGGACCUUUACAUAGCUGUACAUGCACCGUCACUGAUUUAUAUUUGGUUAUGACGACAAAUGUUCUAACACAAUUGAAUUUAUCCAGAUAAUUUAAAAUGUGUAUUACUGCGUGUGUCACCUUUUGCCCCUCAACGCGUCAUUCCUGUUUCCCCCCUCUCCUGGUCCUGAGAUCAUGUGUUGAUAUUUUGCUGGGAUGGGAGGUUUUUGGGGUUUGGGCUUGGCUCUAGGGAUCGGAAGCAGAGGGUUCGCCUCGCUUUUUUGUAAAGACUAUACUAAAAUAAAAAAAAGUUGGAAUAUUUGUUUUAAAUGAAGGAAAUAUUUUUUUUUAAACUACCAAAGGGGGAUUAACUCCUGGACACAGACUGAUCUGUCAGUUAAAUGUGAUGAGGCAGAGAACUGAAAUCAUUGAAGCUCUGGAGCUAGACAAAGAAAGGGUUGUAAGUUAACACUAGUUUCCUGCUCUUUGCUUUGCUCAAGUCAAAAUUUAUUUUAUUUUUUAUUUGCAGGAAAGAAAAACUUUUGUGCACGUUUUUGAGACUGUAGACCUGGGUGCCACGACAUUGUUUAAAAAAAAUACAGAAAUAAAAAUGUGAAAUGCUCAAACCACA